GGCGAUCAGCUGUCAGACUGUUACCGGCAGUACAGGAGCUAACCACAGCCGGAGGAACAUCUGAACAGAAUUUUUAACCUGCAAUUCUAAAAUUUUCCAAAAUUUACAAAAUGGAUUCACCUUGUUUUAAUACUGACGUGCUGCGAUCCGACCAGUCAGCGAAUGUCAUCGUCGAAAUCAUCGCUGGCGCAACACGUUACAAGAUCAUGCAACAAUGUCUCGAGGCCGGAGUGUUUGACAACCUUGAAUCUCAUGGCGAACCCUGUACAGCUGAAGUUUUUGCUAAGAAGCAUAAUUUUGAGCCAAAAGUCACUGUAAAACUACUAGAUACAUUGGUUAGCUUCCAACUCCUCGAGAAACAUACAAAUAACAAAGGUCAAUCCGUAUAUAAGAACAGUCUUGGAACCUCCAAAUACCUUACACGAUCACGAAAACCGACACUGAUUGGACUGUCUAUGAUGGAAAGCAGCUUCAUUCUACCAAUGCUGGAUAAAUUUCCAACUUUUCUUAAAGCAGGUCAGCCUAACCUUGACAUGAACAAGAACAACAUCGAAACCGACAAUGGUAACCUGUCACCGGAAAUGCCUAAAGUUCCACCUAAAGGCUUGACGAAACCGCAGCUGAUAGAAAACAACACAAAGCAACAGAUCUCCGACAAGAUGCCAAAUAAUUUACCAAAAAUGAACAACCUGAUGGCUAAUGUGAAGCCAAGCAUGACUGGCAUGCCUGUGAUGCCCGCAAUGAUGCCCAAUAUGCCCGAAGGGGUAAUACCCUCCGGCAUGUCUGCCAUGGACAUGAAGAAAAAGCCUAUGAUUGAUAACAACGCCAUGGCGGGUAUGAUGCACGUGAAGAUGAUGAGCGCAUAUGAUGGAUUUUCAGGACCUUGUACGAAUGCCCUAGCACGAGCCUUUGAUCUGAGUACUCAUAGAGAAGCCGUAGAUCUCGGGGGUGGAUCCGGGCAGAUCUCGUUUGAGUUAUCGCGUGAAUAUCCAAAUAUGGAAAUAACGGUCUUUGAUCUCCCACAAGUAUCACAAAUGGCGGGGAAAUUACAGCCGGCUAGUACAAAAGACAGAGUCUCCUUCAAACCUGGGAAUUUCUUAGAAGAUGACAUCCCCUCCGGAGACCUUUAUAUUCUCAGCCAUAUCGUUCACAUGUGGAACUCGCAGUCACUCGACCAAAUACUCACCAAAGUGUACGCCCGUCUGCCAGCAGGCGGCAGUAUGCUUGUCCUGGAGAAAGUUCUAAAUGAGGAACGAGAUGGACCUGAAAUGGCUAUCACCAACGACUUGCUCAUGACUGUCAUGUCUAAGGGUCAAGAACGAACGUGCACUGAAUACCAGAAUCUUUUUGCCAAAUAUGGUUUUAUCAACUUCCAACUACGGACAUUGGAAGGAACAAACUAUUUUGACGCAAUGCUCAUGAAGAAACCAUUUUAAAAACUGCUGACGAUCUCAGUUGACCACAUUUUACUAGGUGUGCAUAAAGACUAGUUUUGCCAGGAUCUCAUAGAUUACAGAUUACUUCAUUUGGAUGACGGAUGUGGCGUUGCAUUCGCCUUAUAGGUUAAGUGAUUUUAAAAUCUGUGCAAUUUUUAUACCAAUUUGCCAAGUUACGGAGUUACAAAAAUGUUCAUAUUUUGUUUGAUUGUAAAUUAUAUAUAAACAUAUAAAUCUUUGUAAUUAUGAUAUUUUACCAGGUAAAUAUGUUAUUAUAUUGCCUGGAUAAAAAAAGUUUUGACCGAGGUGGAACCGAAGUCAAUAUUUUUUUCAGGCAAUACCACUGUAUACUCACCAGGUAAAGAGUUCAAAACCGUUUAUGAUUAAUUUGAUAUACUUUAACUUUGGUGGAUGAGGAUGUUAUAACAUAAUGUCAGCAAAUAUCUAUAUAUUAAUUGCCAACUAGCACUUUUGUUACUUUUUUACUUAUCCAGUAUCCGCUGUUUUUUGCUUCACAAGUUUCUUGUGUGUCAAUUGUAAACGCAAUAACACCAUUAUCAGACGCAGUUUACUCUUAAUGAAAAAUUCGGAGGUGUUGUUGUUUGUAUAAUUGAUUUUCACUAGAAAUUACAAAAUAUUCAUUGGUCACGUGUAUGUUUUUAACCAAUCAACGUUGGUCUAAAUACGAGUAUAUGUAUAUAUGUUAAAAGGACGUAUGUAUUUCUUGUGUGGCAAAAGGUUGGUUUUGCUGGACAUGUUUUAUGUGUUAAAAAUAAAAUAAAACCUUAUAUUCAGGUACUAAGUCCCAGGACAAGAAAGAUUAUUAAUACUUAUUUUAAUAUGUCCUUCUUUCUAGGUAAAAUAUUGGACCAGUUGUAAUUAUGCUAAAAUUGUCUUUCAUUGUUUACAUAGAUACAAUUUGCUUUAAAUGUACAUAAAUAGAUCGGCAGAAAUUCAACAAUAGAAUAACCCCUUCGGAAAUGUUCAAAUUUUGUGACUUUUCAAUUAGUCAGAGAUAUAAUAACAUACAAGAUGAUGAAUUUGGUACCAAAAAUGUAUAAAAUACCUGUAGAAAUAUAGAAUCCCCCCCUAUUGUUACCAUAGAUAUGAACAAAGCAAGUAACUUAACAACACAGAUAUUUUUUACCUUAUCAUUUUUUUUUUUUUUUUUUUUUCUGUAUUUAAUUUUUGUAACGUUAGUUUAUUGUAAAAAUCGUUACUUUAUCUCAGCUAACAGCAAUCUGGGAAUCAUGUUCAUUUUUGUGUCAUAUGUUAUCAUCUAAACAACCAUUUCAGGAUCGCAAGCAAUUUGGUGCAGGAUAUACUUCGCCCAAUGUUUACACAAUAUCUGUAAGACUUAUAUGUGAUAUUUGUAAUAGUGUAUGUGCAUAAUGUUUUCAUAAACCAAGUAUUUAAAAGAAAUUAAUACACUGUAAUAGUAAUACUAAAAUACUAUAAUAAGUUCAUUAUUUUAACUAAGAUUAUGUAGUAGAAAAGCCGGUGGAAGAAUUUCACUUAUUAUGGUAUAUUUCUUCAUAUUUUUUCAUAUGAAAUUGAUUACCAAAUAGAAAGACCAAGACAAUAUGUUAUUGUUAUGUUAUAUUUGUUUUUCAUUUCCGUCUGGUUUAUUCAGUUUACUGCGUACAAUUAUGUUCCUAAUCUUUGAUAUACUUACAACAGUUUAACUGCCUGCAUAACCUUAUAUCAUUCAUAUUAACGACAUACCCUAUAUAGGUAAUAUCCCGUAUUGGGUGAGUUUAUAUAUAUAUUUUUCAUCAUUGUUUAGAACAACUGAAGAUAUGAAAAAUAAUCAAGAAGUAAACAAAACGAAAAUUGUUCUAUUUAUUAGAUUUUCUAUUAUAGCUGUUAUUUCGUAUACUAAACCUUGUUCGUUUAUUACAUAGUUGGAUCAGUGUGAAAAUAGUUGGAUCAGUGUGAAAAUAACAAAAAAAAGGGUUAUCUGUCCUUUAUGUUCAUUGUAAAACCUUUUUUUUUUCAUUUUAAAAUGUAUAAUGAUGAAAGAUCGUUUAUUUACAGUUGUGAUGUCAUAAACGUUUCUGCACCUAUUCUUUCUUUUAUUUCGCCUAUAAAUGCUAUAGUAAAAACAACGAUGUUUUCUGAAGACUUCGUCAAGACAAUCAUGUAUAUUAAAGACUUGAAGGGUCUACAUACCCUCUAGACAGCGGGAGGCGGACCCUUGUCUAUCAAUAGUUAUAAAACGUUAUCAAACUCCUGCCGACCAAAGGCAAUUUGAUUGGUAUGCCAGAUUGUGCAAAAUUUAGAAGAAACAAUUGAAGCUAUACGAAUGAGACAAUUGUUUUUCUACCUCAUAAGGUGCUGUAUUAUCAAAUAAUUCAGACUUGAAAUUAUACCAACUCCCAGGGAUUUUAUUUUAUAAGAAAUUAGUUUUACUCAAAUAAACCUCAAAUUUACCUCUCAGCACAUUUUUCAGUGUCAAAUGUUAAAAAAGGUCGAAAGGGUUGACAACGAAAUAUGCGCCAUUAUAUGACCCAUUUCUAGUUCUGUAGGUUACUACGAUGCAAGGUUUCGCAAAUUGUUAGUUGAAAUUAUAUAAGCGAGAACUUAAAAGUUGUUGAUUCACUUCUUAAUCAAUAAGAAACGUAACUUUGAUAUGUUUCUAAGGCCUUGAAUGUUAAACAUACUGAAAACCAUUUUCUUAUGAUUAUAGUAUAAACCUAAAGUACAUUUCAAAAUAAUUGCUGGGUUGAAGGGAUCAAAAAUUAAAUUUAUCAUGAGUGCUUCAAGAUCUAUGUACUAUAAAUAGGUGACCUAAUCUUCAGACUCAAUAGAAUCAGUGGAUGUUUGUCUUAUGACCUGUCAGGUACCCAUCAAUAAUGACUUUGUACUCUUGUUAGUAUUGUUAUGUUCUGUCUAUUAUUUAUACUAUGAAGACUUUUUCUCUACAAACAAUAAAUUUUUACAAAGUA